UUCCACAUCUGGAUUCCACACUGUGAGACUUGGCAGUCGGACUGCUUUAAAAAUGUUGCAGUAUUGUUAGAUAACCUGCCAGAAUAUGUUAAAAUGGUGCAUAGUUUGGAAUAGCCCACAGAUGGAUUUAUUUGAAUGAGCUGUUAUGAUUGGAGACAGUGAGAAUUUCAGAUUAAUGUUUUGCAGCCAAAAAAAAAAAAACCUCUGGAAAGCUGGCAAGUGUUCAUAAGUCAGCCCUAGAAUUAUGUAGGUUGAAGGCUCCCAGUGGACAAACCGAAUAUAUAAGAAGGAAACCAGAGAUCUGGUGCUAUUACGUCCCUGAGUCUAAGGGAACAAAUAAGCACAGAAUUAAAAGCAUUCUUCAGCCUGAAUUUUUAAGGGGUGCACUUAGAAACUAGGCAAGCUGAUUUAUGAUAACUAAGUUUUAAACUCCAACAACCAAAGGUGUAAGAAUUAGGAGCUCCUGACAUUUCAACAUGAAGGGCAACUUCACUCUUGCCACCAUCAGCAAAAACAUUACCAGCAGUCUUCAUUUUGCACUUGUGACCAUCUCUGGCAAUGAGUCUACCUUUAACUGCUCACAUAAGCCAUCAGAUAAGCAUUUAGAUGCAAUUCCUGUUCUCUACUACAUUAUUUUUGUGAUUGGAUUUCUUGUCAAUACUGUUGUGGUUACACUGUUUUGUUGUCAAAAGGGUCCUAAAAAGGUUUCCAGCAUUUACAUCUUCAAUCUGGCUGUGGCUGACUUACUGCUUCUGGCUACUCUUCCUCUCUGGGCAACCUAUUAUUCUUACAGAUAUGACUGGCUCUUUGGACCUAUGAUGUGUAAAGUUUUUGGUUCUUUCCUGACCCUAAACAUGUUUGCAAGCAUUUUUUUUAUCACCUGUAUGAGUGUUGAUAGGUACCAGUCUGUCAUCUAUCCCUUUCUGUCUCAGAGAAGAAAUCCCUGGCAAGCAUCUUACAUAGUUCCCCUUGUUUGGUGUAUGGCCUGUCUGUCCUCAUUGCCAACGUUUUAUUUCCGAGAUGUCAGAACCAUUGAAUAUUUAGGAGUGAAUGCUUGCAUUAUGGCUUUCCCACCUGAGAAAUAUGCUGAAUGGUCAGCUGGGAUUGCCUUAAUGAAAAAUAUCCUUGGUUUUAUUAUUCCUUUAAUAUUCAUAGCAACGUGCUAUUUCGGAAUCAGAAAACACUUACUGAAGACCAAUAGCUAUGGGAAGAACAGAAUAACUCGUGACCAAGUCCUCAAGAUGGCAGCUGCUGUUGUUCUGGCGUUCAUCAUUUGCUGGCUUCCCUUCCAUGUUCUGACCUUCCUGGAUGCUCUGGCCUGGAUGGGUGUCAUUAAUAGCUGUGAAGUUAUAGCAGUCAUUGACCUGGCACUUCCUUUUGCCAUCCUCCUGGGAUUCACCAACAGCUGCAUUAAUCCCUUUUUGUAUUGUUUUGUUGGAAACCGGUUCCAACAGAAGCUCCGCCGUAUGUUUAGAGUUCCAAUUACUUGGCUCCAAGGCAAGAGAGAGAGAGUGUCAUGCCGAAAAAGCAGUUCCCUUAGAGAAAUGGAGACCUUUGUGUCUUAAACAUGAGAGUGGAUGGCAUGUUGUCAACAUGGCAACUUGGUUUGAGCUCCCCUUGAAAUAUCUUUUAAUGGCUUUAGUAAAAUAAUGUUUUUUUUCCCCUAAUGUAAUCUUUUCUCACUCUUCUAGAACAGAAAACCAAAUGUAACUAUAAGUUUUAUCCUCUGGUGACUUUCAGGAAUUGCCUAUUUUUUUUUCUGAUCUAUCAGUACAAGACUGUCAUCGGGGAGGCAUAUUCAUAACCUAGAAAUAAC